UUUCUCAUGUUAUAUGGGUUGAUUGAGAUGAAGACGACCGUCCGCUCCUUAAAUCUAACCGCAAUCCGGAAUCUACGAACCCUGCGCCACCGCCUUCCGAGACUAUCGAGGAGUUGGAGAAGAAAUUUGUUGCUUAUGUAUGUACAGAACGAUGUGUAUGGAACAAUGGGUCUCGGCGAGCUGCCGCUGACGGAGAAGAUACUCAUUGGAGUUGUGCUAGUCACACUCUUGAUGUUGAUUGUUUAUUACGUGAUUUGUCGGAUUUGCACUAUGUUUUCGUCUCCAAAUCGAGCGGAUGAACAUGAAGAUUAUGCGCAUAUGUGUGGAUGGAGGAGGGCUGUGAUUAUCAGGUCUGAAAAGUUCCUCUCUAGGGCUAUUCUUUUUGCUAUGGGAUUUUACUGGAACAAAGAAAUUCCUCUUCAUCAAGAGGUAUAUAUAUUGAGAUGGUUUUGAUAGUCUCUUCUUAAU